AUGGUAGCUAAGAUCGUCAUCGUCCUCGCCCUGGCCGCGGUCGCCUCCGCCGGCAUCCCCAUCGCACAGGUAGCGUACGCGCAGCCUGAAGCUCCUGCGCACUACGACUUCCAGUACUCAGUGCAGGACGGACACUCCGGAGACGUGAAGCAACAGCAGGAGUCCCGCGCCGGAGACGCCGUCCACGGCUCGUACUCCCUGGUGCAGCCUGACGGCGUGCAGCGCAUUGUGGACUACACCGCUGACGCGGUGCAUGGAUUCAACGCCAACGUGCGCUACGAGGGACACCCCGUCCCUACCUCCGCUCCCGCUAGAGUGGCUUACGCUGCCCCCGCUAGAGUAGCGUACGCCGCUCCCGUGUCCUACGCCGCACCUGUCGCUAGAGUAGCCUACGCCGCUCCCGCCUCCUACUCCGCUCCCGCAGCCAGAGUUGCGUACGCCGCUCCCCUCGCUCAAUUCUUAGUCUUCUGCGGAAUGGUGGCAGUCGCUUCAGCCGGACUCGUUCCUGUUGCUAAAGUAGCGUACGCUGAGCCCGAAGCACCCGCGCACUACGAGUUCCAGUACUCAGUGCAGGACGGACACUCCGGAGACGUGAAGCAGCAGCAAGAGUCCCGCGCCGGAGACGCCGUCCACGGCUCGUACUCUCUGGUGCAGCCUGAUGGCGUGCAUCGCAUCGUGGACUACACCGCCGACGCGGUGCACGGAUUCAACGCCAACGUGCGAUACGAAGGACACCCCGUCGCCGCCCCCGCUCCCGCUAGAGUAGCCUACGCUGCUCCCGUAGCCAAGAUAGCGUACGCUGCUCCCGUAGCCAAGGUCGCCUAUUCUGCGCCCGUGUCCUACGCGGCUCCCGCCAGAGUAGCGUACUCCGCUCCCGUGUCCUACGCCGCUCCUGCUAGAAUAGCGUACUCCUCUCCAGUGUCUUACUCCGCUCCGGUAGCCAAGCUCGCCUACGCCUCGGCUCCAUCUGUAGGCCACGUCUCCUACUCAUCUCCCGUCAUCUCAUACAGUCACUAGAUA